CGCGUGAAUAGUAAAAUGUGGCAAUAUCUUUUGGAUUACACAUUUAAUGAUAUGUAUUUGACAACUCCUUCAUGGAAUAAUGAUUUUUGUUUAUUUAACAAUGUUUAAAAUAUGGAUCUAUUAUUCGAUGCAAUGAAAAGUAGAAUGACUAAAUGCUGACGUACGCAAUGUCAAACAUGAGGCGAUGGCAGGCACAGUUAUGCGCUCUUGCCACCCUGUUGGUACUACGGUCACACUGGCAAGUGUCUGGUGGUAACAUCUGUGACACUUCAAACAGAACAGAUCCAGCGUUCUCCCCAAACUUGAAUAUGGCUGAGUACGUUCGCUACGGGAUGUCCAAGGCCUUGGUUUGCUGCGCCAGUGGGUUUCACGCCAUUCAGUGGCAUAUUCUAAACGCGAGCGAGGUCUGGUUACCCUAUCCCCCUGAAACACGGGGCACUGACACUCCCAAAACAGAAGAGGAUGGUCAGGUGCUGAGGAUAUAUCACGCCAUGGAUUUCCAAAACACAAAAUUCCGGUGUGACUUGGUUGUGUCAAAUGGAUCAGUGAUGUUGAGUCACAUUAUAUCGCUGCAUGUCUCUCAUUGUUCAACACGGGCGAGUGGGCCAUUGCUAAUUGAGCCUUUUCCACAAAAUCAAACGAUACUCGACUAUGGUGGGAAUAUAAGCUUUUAUUGCACGGGCGAUUUUGGGUGUUACAACAAUAAUGACGUGCAAAUUGUAAUGUGGUCAGUGGACACUAUUGACAUUGACAAAAUUGCUUCAAAUGUCAGCGACAGAUACCAUCUUGUUACCAAUGAAAGCGACGAUAAGACGACGAUGGGAGUAACUCUGACCAUAGUGAAAGUGGAGCCAAUGGAUACCACCAGAUCUUUCAUAUGCACUAUCAUGAAUGACCAAUUUAUUAAAGGUCAGACAAGCAGGAUGGUGUGGAUAACAAAGACAGAAAGAUCAGAUCCACCAACAAUGAUGAUAGUGAUGGCGGUUUCCUCAGUUGUGGGAAUAUUCGUGGCCGCAUUCCUGCUAGGCUUUUGUAUUUACAAGUGCUACGGGCCCCAGGUGAAGCUGCUUGUCUACGUGCAUUGCCCCUGCUGUCAUCGCAAGACUAUGGAUGAGGACAAGUAUGAGUACCACGUAUUCCUUUAUCACUCUGAUGAUGACGGUGAAAAGGCGGAAUACAUCAGGCAGAACCUCAAGGAGCGAAACUAUUAUGUGUUCAUAUCUGCUGAUAUUACACCAGGAACAGAGACCAUUAACACGACAUCAGCAUUGUUUGAGAAGAGCGCAGCAGUGCAUUUUCUGUAUACGGAAAACCUGCUUCAUGAUAAUUGGGCACUGAGAUUCCUAAUCAACUUGAUUGAGGAUGGGAAAGAUAUUCUCUGCCUGGAAAUAGAUGAAUUCAAGCCGCAGAAAGUUAUCGAAGCUAUCAAGGGUGCGCAAUGUGAGAAUGAGGCUAACCACUUUGAGAUCAGUACUGAUGGCGUCAAUAUCGAUAAAAAAGUUGAUAGAAAUGAGAGAGUGUCGAACAUUAAAGAUAUUGGGUACUGGAAGCGUCUCCCGAAAAUUAAAGUUCCAACUGAAAAUGAUUCGAGGAGAAAACAAGAGAAUUUCUGGUCCUUUCUUCAGAACAUGCUCCCCAAGCCGAGACUUGAAAGUCCGGACAAAAUUGAACAAAUCCAAAGAGGGAUACACGCCCAUGAACGAAUUUCAUCAGCGAGUAGCUCUCUACUUGAAAACGAGCUUUCUACUCAUAUGUGUUAUAUAGGUCCUCAACCAGAAUUUAGUCCGAAGUCAGAUAGUGUGUUUGAAUAUCCGCUGGAGAAUGCUAACAAUGCGAGUAUGAAUAAUGAAUGGAACGCAGAAACGUACAUUGAAAACAAUUGCCUGCCACUGAAUUCGCAACCAGCGAAGUUAUAUGAAAUGGUCCUAGGACAGGUCAAUGGUUAUGUUGCUGACAAUGAUGUAACGAUGGUCAAUGGGUCCCAAAAUGCACUAGAAAUGGGAAUUGGACAAAGUACUAGUGCAUCUUAUAACCGAAAACAUGCACAUGGUACUGAAACUGUGCGCUUUAUAAAUCAAAAUGUGGGCAAACAUGACAAUAGUUUCCAUGGCGCUAUCCCCCAUGAUGACUUGAUACACCCUGUGGCUUUUACAUGUAUCAUGUUCACGGGCACUGAAUCGCCAAGUUUCAACAUGAGAAUGCCGAGCCCGUCUGAUUGCAACGACGAUUUAUGUAGGUCUAAUUCGUAUGCAUACUCUUCAGUUGGGGAUAAUUCAGCCAGCAUUUCCGGUCAAAGUGACAUUGGAUAUAAACAAAGUCACACGAGUUCAUCCUUUGGUGCAACAAGUAGUUCGCUUGGUACAACUCAGUCUGCUUUAACAACCUCUUCAAGUUUAAAUGGCUCCUCAUCUGAUGUUUCAUAUUUUACCGAUAGUGGAGUGAUAAAACAUGGAGAGGCAAAACAUGAUAUAAAUAGCUUUGUUCAAAAUGCACAAGAUUUAAAUAAUGCACUGAAACUCUCAUUAAAACCGACUGGUUAUACGCAUAAUAUCAGCAAUAAAGUUGUAUCUCCGGAAAGUGGGUAUUCGUCUGAAAGUACAAACCCGACUUUCAUCUCAAUACCGGAAUAACGGCGAUAGACUCCAUUGGAAUUUCCUGUAGAAAACCACUUGUCCCCAGGCUAGUUUACAUCUUUGUCACUUUGCUGAAAAAGUGUAUUAAAUCGUACGUGUCAAAUAUUUUGUCACAUGUUUAAGUUAACCAAAAUUAAUAUACCUAGAAGGUAUUUAUUGACAAAGAAGUUUAUAAUGUAUUUAUAUGUAAUUUUGAACAAUUCGUUUUUUAUGACCACUUAAGCUAUUAUCAUAGUCGGUUGACUACUGCGCACGGGCCUUUAACGGACCAAACAGUAUGAAUGUUAAAGGGACUGUCAACCGCG